AUGGUCGUCGUCGGUGCCACACCGGACUACAGGGCGGGUGUGCUCAUGGCACACGAAGCGAUCGUGUCAGGGGGUGUGGAGCGGGCGUCGCAGGCGUUUGUGGAGGAGACGAGGGCAGAGGUGCAGGUGGAGGCAGAUGCGUGGACGUGCAAGUCCUCCCGCCGUCAGUCCGCCUCGUCUGGCACACUUCUGGCAUCCGCGAUGCGGGGCUCGUACCAAGCCGCCUCUGCUGAACUGGACGCCAUCAACUUACCAGCAUCCAACCACGCCCAGCGACGUGGACAAUCUCGUGCACCACCGCCGCCAUCAUCAUCCUCUACAGUUGUGCGGGGCGUAGCCUUCGACCUAUAG